UCCUGCGUUUGGUGCAGCCAUGAUGCUGGACGAUAUCCAGAUUGCAUUCUACUCUUCAGAUGAACAAAAGCUUCUCCACAGAGGACCAGGGACCGAAGACCACAUCAACGAACCCAAACACCAAAAAAAAUACAAAUUCAUUUACACAAUUAUGCAGGAAAAAUGCCGACUUCAACUAUUCAAAUUUAUUAGCCACCUCAAUGACACAGAUGGCAAGCACUGAAUAAAUACUAUUUUGCCAUUUUCAUUCAGUUUCAUAAGUAGUGCAGGCUCGUGGGAUGAUGGUGUAGACCUAAGAUGUGCUGUAUUUGUUCUUUAUACUUCACCUUAGGCAUUCAGUCCCUCCAAACUAUAUUUGGCUGUGACAUGCUGGACCAUAAUACACCAGGCAGGAUGAUCUAUAAUGAGUCUUUCAAUGGACACAGCGGAGACCAGGUUUACUUCAGCAUCAAUGACAAGGCCUUUGAAACACUCUACCGAUGGAUACCUUUUGUCAAUAAACAAUUGGCAAUGGUGGUCUCAGACAUUUAUCAACCAAUAUGCCUCUCAGGACUUCAUGAGAUGCUGAAGAUUCACAGGAAUAAUGUGAUGAGGAAAGUCAAGCCCCGAGUCAGGCUUCUGCAAAAGGCCCUCCCAGACACUGGAGGUGUGAGAGUGACGUGCCUGGCUACUGGUUUCUACCCGCGCCACAUCAACCUGACCCUGCUGAGAGACGGCCAGCCUGUGGCUGAGCAGCAGAUCAGUGGGGGGGAGCUGCUACCUAACGGAGAUGGAAGCUACCAGAUGAGGAAGAGCCUGGAGGUCAGCACAGAGGAGCUGCAGCACCACCAGUACACCUGCACAGCUCAACACCUCAGCCUGGACAACAAGAUAGACAUACCACUAGGUGAAGAAGAGGAUGAUGAGGAUGAUGAUGAGUUUUAG